AUGGGAUUUCAGUAUUUGUUUAGCGGUAAAGCGGAGUGUUGGUCUAGUCUUGCACGUCAUCGACUAUCAAACGUUUUGCGAUUGCGGAACCUCAGCGAAGUGACACCGAGAGAGAUCUUCAGCCAUCCAUCACAUACACCUUCACCAUCGUCGACAUGCACUGGCAUAAGCAAUGGCCACCUAUACAGGCGUAUAAGAGUAGCAUACAGUUUGGGGAAAGAGGGUGUUAUAUGGGCAACAGAUACGUUGUGUUUUGGUCUGUUAUCAAUCCCCUCAAGAGUGAACGCACAAAAACGGUACUUUCAUGUUAUGAAGAAACCGCACCAACAGGUACCUCUUUCCCGCCCUCUUUCUACAUCGACAGCAGUUGCAAAAGACGUGAUUCUGUUUGAGCACGACCGAACAAGGUUCUUUCGCCUCUUAGCAAUCUUCUGUGGUGGUCAGUUUCUUUUCUGGACAUACCUGGCCCAUUUCGCCUUCACUGGUCUUCGAGACACUGGUGGAAGUGGUUCUGGUGGGAGACAGGUCUCCACUACUGGCUUGGCAGGACUUUGGAGUUUCGAUAUGAACCUGGGAUCUAAUACUUGGAGAUAUGGAUUCACACUGGCAUGCCUUGUUAUUGGUAUGUGUCAGAAUUGAGUGUGCAGCAUACUAGCGCCAUUGUGAGUGGAGGCACCUAUACCUGUGUGUGAUUAUAUUAAUACUUUUCUCUCUCCCUCUCUCUCUUAGGUGGAGGGAUCAUGGGACUUGGUGCUCUGUUCUGCCAGCGUUCUGUCAGCCAGGUGAUUCUACAUAAGGGGGGUGGGAUGGUCACCGUGUCGACACAGUCACCCCUGGGAUCAAACAAGGGACGGAGAAUGACUGUACCCUUGUCACAAGUGGCCUGUUACGCCCACAGACAAGAGUCUCCCACUUUCAUUCCCCUCAGGGUGAAAGGUCACAAGUUCUACUUUCUUUUGGACAGAGAAGGCACACUGAAUAAUCCCAAACUGUUUGAUGUUACAGUUGGGGCAUACCGACCAUUCUAG